AUCAGUAUCACAGAUACAAGGAGAACAUGUUAUGUUAUAUAUAUUUAAAUUUAUUUUGCGUUCUACUGCUAGUGGACUUGGGACAAUCAAACCUUGAAUAUGCUGACUACAUCGAUCCAGAAGCAGACUUAGAUUACCACCUAACACGGCCUGAUGUGGCUGAUAGUGAUAAUGAGAUGACAACGUCGUAUGAUUAUCACCAUGAAAUCCAUGACAGUACUAACCACCCAGAUACUCAAGCAGAAUUGUCAACUGAAACUUAUGAUGAAUCGCACUAUGAUCAUUUAACCACUCGAAUGAAUUAUUUUCCAGGUAGUUUGAAUGAUAAAACCAAAGUGCAGCAAAUUUUCUAUGUUCCAAAUGAUACUGAAAACUCAGACACACAUUAUGUUCACCAUGACCCACACGUUACCCAUGAAAUUGAUGAUCGAAUAGCGCGAUAUGCGUUGCAUAAGUGGCACGAAGAAAUUUGAUUUGUAUGGCAAAUAAAAUACUUAGUUCUUUACUUCAA